AUGAUUAUUGAUUUGAUGCAAAGUAAUAAUAUGAAACUUAAUAUUAAUCACUAUAAUGCUCUCAUAAAGGCUUAUGGAAGUGGAUAUGAUAAAAAUGUGCAAACAGAAUUGAAUACUAUUGAUUUAAAUAAUGAUCCAUCUAAUAAAGAUGAUAAGGACAGCUUAUUAAAUCAUUCUGAAAAAAUCAAGAAUCCAGAAAUUUCAUGA